UCUUCACACACAAAUCUCCCACUAUAAUAUCACUCUUUGUUUCUUCUCCCUGCUAGCCAUACCAUGGCAUCACCACCAACCUCUCUAGUGUUCAAGGUCCGUAGAUAUGAACCUGAACUAAUCUCCCCCGCCAAACCAGUUCCUCGUGAGCUAAAGCUGCUUUCCGACAUCGAUGACCAAGAAGGUCUCCGAUUCCAUAUCCCGGUUAUACAAUUUUAUCGUUACAAUCCUUCUAUGAAAGGGAAAGACCCUGCUAAGAUCGUUAAGGAGGCGCUAGCAAAAGCGUUAGUGUUUUACUACCCGUUGGCGGGGAGGCUCAGGGAAGGCCCUGCGCGUAAACUUAUGGUGGAUUGUAAUGGUGAGGGAAUCCUGUUUGUUGAGGGUGAUGCUGAUGUUAGUAUUGAAGAAUUUGGUGAAGCACUUCAUCCUCCAUUUCCUUGUUUGGAGGAGCUUAUUUUUGAUGUUCCUGGCUCUUCUGCUGUGCUCAACUCUCCCUUGAUACUUGUUCAGGUGACGCGCCUACGAUGCGGUGGUUUUAUUCUUGCGCUCCGUCUCAACCAUACAAUGGCAGAUGCACAGGGUCUCGUCCAAUUCAUGUCCGCCGUAGGAGAGAUGGCACGUGGCGCAACUGUACCAUCAUUGCAGCCAGUUUGGGGCCGUCACGUUCUUUUUGCCCGAGAUCCACCGCAUGUGACACGCACGCACAGGGAAUACGAUGAGGUGCCGGACAGCAAAGGCACUAUAAUCCCACUUGAUGACAUGGCCCACCGCUCUUUCUUCUUCGGUUCCGCAGAAAUCUCAGCUAUUCGCAGAUUCGUCCCACCUCAUCUCCGCAACUGCUCCACCUUCGAAAUCCUAACCGCCUGCCUCUGGCGGUUGCGCACCAUCGCGCUCCGACCCGACCCGGAGGAAGAGAUGCGGAUCAUCUGUAUAAUCAACUCCCGCGGCAAGUCGAAUUCCUUCGUGCCGAAGGGGUACUACGGGAACGCGUUCGCAUUUCCGGUGGCAGUCGCGACUGCAAAAGAACUCAAAGAGAACCCGCUGGGGUUCGCGGUAGAGAAGGUGAGGGAGGUGAAGGCGGGAGUCGAUGGAGAGUACAUGAAGUCAGUGGCGGAUCUGAUGGUGGUGAAGGGGCGGCCCCACUUCACUGUGGUGCGGUCGUAUUUGGUAUCAGACGUCACACGUGCCGGGUUCGGAGAGCUGGAUAUAGGGUGGGGUAUGCCUGCUUACGGUGGGCCCGCAAAAGGAGGUGUGGGGGCCAUACCUGGCGUGGCAAGUUUCUAUAUACCGUUGAAGAACACGAAAGGAGAGGAAGGAAUAUUGGUUCCACUCUGUUUGCCUGCUCCAGCUAUGGAAAGAUUUGUGAAACAACUGGACAGCAUGUUGAAAGACCAAAAUACCCCCAGCUCUAGUCUUAUUAUCUCUGCACUUUAGAUCAAGAAAAUGAGUGGUGACGUGGUGUGGUGUAUCAGUGUAUCUGAAGGAGGGACUGAAGUGGAAUUGACAUGUGUGUUUGAGGUAGAUUGAUAGUGUAUUAAGUAUGAUGUACGUCUACUACUUACUAGUACGUAUUUUCAGAACAUGUACGGUUGUUAAUUAAGUUCGGUAAUGAGAGAUUCAUGUCCCCAA